AUGAAGAGACAUCAAUACACAGCCCGAGAGGCGGAAGUGCCAUGGACGGUGGCUCUUCUGGAUGCUAGAAAUCUUGAAUAUUGGUCUGGCGGCUCCCUAAUUGCUCAAGAUGUUGUGCUAACAGCGGCUUUUGUCACUGAAAAACUAAACGAAUACCAGCUGAUUGUAAGGGCUGGCGAAUGGGAUUUGCUAACCAAACAAGAGCAAGGGGAACAUAAGGAUGUUUCCAUCAGGAAGAUUGUGCGACACUAUGGCUUCAAUCGGACAAAUGGAGCCAACAAUGUGGCCCUGUUAUUUCUCAAAAAGCCGCUGGAGCUAACCCACCAUAUAAACCCCAUUUGUCUGCCGCCACCGAAUCGCAACUUUAUCUAUAACCGUUGCAUUGUCAGUGGCUGGGGUAAGAAGAACUUCGAGGACAUGGCUUACAUGAAUGUUCAGAAGAAAAUUGAUGUGCCCUUGGUGGACAGAUCUAGGUGCCAGCGACAACUUCAAGGAAUCUUCGACAAGAACUUCUAUCUCGACCGCAGUCUGAUGUGUGCCGGCGGUGAGAUUGGCAAGGAUGCGUGCAAAGGCGACGGAGGUUCCCCACUGGCCUGUCCCCCCAAAGUGAUCCAAAUCGAUAUGAACAGGUGGGCAUCGUCAACUAUGGAUUAG